AUGCUCGCCGGCAAUAAUCUCGUUUCCAAAUGUCCCACAUGGUCUUGGGAAUCAGGUGAACCAAGCAAGAGGAAGCCAUACUUGCCACCCGAAAAGCAGUUCUUGAUCACUAGAAAUGUUCCUUGUCUGCGAAGGGCUGCGUCUGUAGAAGAAGAAUAUGAAGUUGCUGGAGGUGAAGUGCUACUUGAUGGUGAAGAUAACGAUUGUUGGCUAGCAACUCAUGGGAAACCAAAAGAAAAUAAACAUGAUGAGGAUGAUGACUUGCCUUCCAUGGAGACCAUAGAAAUCAGUCAGAAAAAUCCUAUUCAGUCAAUUCCCUCAUACUAUGGGGUUGAGGAGGGAGAAGAUAUUCCGGACAUGGCUGAGUAUGAUGAACCUGAUAACCUUAUUGAAACGGAACCUGAACAUGAUGAGGAUAAUAUUCUUCGAACCCGCACUUAUGACGUCAGCAUCACAUAAGAUAAAACUUUUAAAUAAAGUUGCUUGUUCUUUCAUGUUAAACUUUAUAUUUCAAUGUUUAUGGGGUAUCAGUCAUCUUAUUUAUUGGCACCAGAAACUUUGUCAUCAUUUCAACCCAGAGAAUGAAUUGAAAUUUUGCUCUGGUAUACUUGAAUGCACUAAUUAAAAAAUGUUUUGUGCUGUCUGUUUUGCCAAUUAAAAAAAAAG